UCCUUCCUCGAUGCUUCCUCUACCUUUGACUUCUCUUCUCUGAUACCCCAUUGUUGAACCAGCGACCCCUUUGACUCUUCUUCCUCAACCAGCCCAUCCAUCCAUCAAAACCUACCUCUUCCUCCACAUUCUCAUCAACUCCUCUCAACCUUCUUUCCUAUCAAGUCGCUAAUUUCACAUUUCCUCAUUCGCCAUGAACGAUUUGUUUUCCGGUUCCUUUUCCCGCUUUCGAAGUGAGGAUGCAUCUCCCGAUCGCAACCAUCGCACCGUCGAGAUGACCGACUCGGCCGUUGCCACCGGCGGCGUCAAUCUCGACAAGUUCUUCGAGGACGUCGAGUCGGUUAAGGACGAGCUCAAGGAGCUCGAAAGGUUGAAUGAUAGUCUUCAGUCGUCUCAUGAGAAGAGUAAGACCUUGCACAAUGCAAAAGCUGUCAAAGAUCUCAGAGCUCGAAUGGACGCCGACGCUGCCGCGGCUUUGAAGAAGGCUAAAAUCAUCAAGGUCCGAUUAGAGGCCCUUGACCGCUCCAACGCUGCCAAUCGUAGCCUCCCUGGUUGUGGCCCUGGCUCUUCCUCUGAUCGUACUCGUACAUCUGUCGUCAACGGCCUUAGGAAGAAGUUGAAGGAAUCCAUGGAUAGCUUCAAUAGUCUGAGGGAGAGGAUUUCCUCCGAGUAUAGAGAGACCGUCCAGAGGAGGUACUUUACCGUCACCGGCGAGAAUCCCGAUGAGAAAACCCUCGAUCGCCUCAUAUCUACAGGGGAGAGCGAGACUUUCUUGCAAAAAGCCAUUCAAGAACAGGGGAGAGGGAGAAUCUUAGACACCAUAAACGAGAUUCAAGAGAGACACGAUGCAGUGCGAGAAAUGGAGAAGAACCUCAAGGAAUUGCACCAAGUGUUCUUGGACAUGGCAGUGUUGGUACAAGCUCAAGGCGAGCAACUGGACGACAUUGAAAGCCAAGUGGCCAGAGCUCACUCCUUCGUCAGAGGCGGAACCCAGCAGUUGACUACAGCUAGGGUUUACCAGAAAAGCACCCGGAAAUGGACUUGCUAUGCGAUCAUAAUCUUGCUGGUAAUCAUCUUGUUCGUGGUUUUGUUCACUGUCAAACCCUGGGAACGUAACGGCGGUGGUAACAACAGUGGCCCAUCUCCAUCAUCGGGUCAAUCUACAACCCCACCAGCUGGUCAAUCUUCUUCUCCAUCUCCUCCGGGUAGACGAUAGAGCUAUCAAUAAAUGUGAUGCAUAUAUUAUUGUGUAGUUUGAGAUUCUGGGUUCCACUUUUUCGCAUUGGUAUAUUUGCUUUUUUUCACUUUCUUCUUCGUGGGUUUAGAUGGGAAAGACUGGGGGAUAUUCAGGAAUCUACAAAGGCCAGGAUCUGAAUUAUUUGAUGAAAGAUUCAAACUUUUUAUAGUAAUUCAAAUCGAUUUUGCAUACCCAUUACUCGACAUUGUUUAGAAAUUGAAUUGCUAUACAAUGUCAAGCGGUUGGUAUACGAAAUUGAAAAUUGUUGGAACACUAUAAAAUGUAAGAUGAUGAUUAUCGUACAUUUCCACUGAGGGUUAGGUUGAGGUAGUAGACAUUGUUUGAGACAGACAGACAGACAGCUUGUUCUGAUUACUUAUUCUUUUUUUCUUUUUUGUAACUAAUGCUAUUCUCAUUUUAAUCUUUCUGCUGCUUGAGUUCA